AUGCUCGACACGAUGAGGUCGUCCGCAGGGUCGCGCGACAGCGACUUGAAGAACCAAAACGGUACUCAAUUGGAGAUGACCGCUACCCACACACCGCCGAGCGAGCUUGAGAAGGGAGUGCAACUGGUGCCUGCGCCCAGUCGCGGACCAGAAGUUCACACGAGAAUGAAUAUGAAACUCUUCAUGACACUCACCUGCAUGUCUUUUCUCUGGAUCGGCUCGCAAAUUCCGUUGUUCAUAUACGGCUCCGUCCUACCUCUCAUCUACCAAGACAUUGGUGGAGCUGAUCGAUACUCGUGGUUCGUUAUCGCGUACCUCAUUCCUAAUGCAGCUCUGUGCCCAUUUGUUGGUGCGCUCUCAGAUGUGUUCGGUCGGCGCAAUGUGGCUAUUGUUGGGCAAGUAUGCCUCAUCGUGGGACCCAUCAUCACUGCAACUGCAAAUUCGAUGAACAUUGCCAUUGCUGGCAAUGUCUUUGCGGGCAUUGGUGCCGGUCUCAAUGAAUUGAUUGCACUAGCUGGUACUGGCGAGAUCGUUCCAGUGAAGGACCGCGGCAAGUACGUCGGCGCCGUGGUGCUCACCAUCCUACCGUUCUGCCCGUCGGUUCUCUAUGCCCAAUUGAUUUCCCAGGACAGCGACUGGAGGUACUGCGGUAUCUUGAUCGGAGUGUGGAACUUCAUCGGUCUCGUGCUCUGCAUCUUUUGCUACAAGGAUCCGUCCCGCCUCAAUGAUGAGUACACAGCCCGCCAUGUCAUGGGAAAGAUAGAUUGGCUUGGAGGUUUCCUUAGCAUUACAGGUGUUACCCUCUUCAUUAUGGGCUUGCAAUGGGGAGCUGUUCAAUACGCAUGGGGCAGCGCUCACAACCUUGCGCCGCUACUUCUCGGUCUCGCCCUCAUCGCUGCUUUCUUUGUGUGGGAGGUAUACGCGCCCCACCCCAUGGUACCAAGGGCCUUGUUCAGCAAGGCUAAGAAGACUAUGAUAAUCAUUCUUCUGAUUACCUUCCUCAGUGGUGGCAACUUCUUUGCGUUGCUAAUCUUUUGGCCCACUGAGGUGUACAAUGUCUAUGGCGAUGACCCGCUCGGUGUCGGUAUCCGUUCAUUGCCCAUUGGUUUCGGUAUCAUCGGAGGCGCGGUUAUCUGCCUCGUCCUCAUUCCGGUAACCAAGGGUCGCAUCCGUGCUCUCAUGAUCUUCUUCACAGCCUUGAUGACAGGUGCCACCGGUGCCAUGGCAAUUGCAACGCCGUACAACCUUUCCGCCGUCUACGCCGUCAUAACAUUUGCAUCGAUCGGCGUGGGUGGUGUCAUCAUCCCGUGCACCAUCAUCGCACAGAUAGCAUGCCCCGAUGACCAAAUAGGAACUAUUACCGCAAUAACACUCAGCAUCCGUUACAUUGGCGGUGCCAUCGGGUACGGCGUUUACACGAACAUCUUCUUCCACAAAGUCACGGAAAAUCUCACCAAGAUGGCGACCGAGACGCUCGCUGCGAAGUUCAUUAUCAACGCGGGUACUCCAUCGGGUCUUGCUACCCUCAAAAACGUCGUCGGACUUCUCGGUCACGCGGACUUCAACGAAGUCAAGCACAUCUUCGCUACAAGCAAGGAUGUUUUGCAACCCAAUCUGUAUCCGUUGGUUGUGCAAAAGUCUCAGGAGGCCUUUGCCUUGGCAUACCAAUGGCCGUACUUCAUCAGUAUUGCCUUCGGUGGCCUUUGCUUCAUCCUCAGUUUCUUCGUUGGAGACAUCGGUCCACUUCUGGACGCUCACGUUGCCCAUGCACUCUAA